CCUAAAUUUUAAAACGACAUGGCAGCUAAAAUCCCAACACCGCCCAAUGCUCCGAGCUAGCCAGUGCAAGCAGCAGCAGCAUUAUAAGCAUGCAUUGCCUCCAUAUUUCCAUGCACUGCACUGUCACCCAGCUUAUUUCUCCUUCCCCUGCCGCCGCCGGUGACAACACCAAACAUGGCCGUCCUGCCGCCGUCACGCCGGCGGCUUACCCUGCUCCUGAUGGCCGGCUGCUUCCUGCUUCAGGCUCUCAGUGCCCACGCCAUCACCCGGCAUUACAAGUUCAAUGUGGUCAUGCGAAACAUGACACGGCUUUGCUCGACCAAGCCCGUCCUCACUGUCAAUGGCAAGUUCCCGGGACCGACACUGUAUGCAAGAGAAGGCGACAACGUCCUUGUCAAGGUCGUCAACCAUGUUGCAAACAACGUUACCAUCCACUGGCAUGGGGUAAGGCAGAUAAGGACAGGGUGGUACGAUGGACCAGCUUACAUAACACAGUGCCCAAUACAGCCAGGCAGCAGCUUUCUGUACAAUUUCACCAUAACCGGCCAACGUGGAACGCUCCUCUGGCAUGCCCACAUCAACUGGCUACGAGCUACCAUCCAUGGUGCUAUCGUCAUCCUUCCAAAGCUUGGCGUGCCCUACCCCUUCCCCGCUCCUCACAAGGAGGAUGUUAUUGUGUUAGGAGAAUGGUGGAAAGAGGACACAGAAAAUGUAAUUAACCAGGCCAUGCAGCUAGGCGUGGGACCCAAUAUUUCUGAUUCACACACCAUCAAUGGUCAUCCUGGUCCGUUGUCUGAGUGUGCUUCCUCGCAAGAUGGGUUCAAGCUCAAAGUUGAAAAUGGCAAGACAUACAUGCUCCGGAUCAUCAACGCUGCACUGAAUGAUGACCUGUUUUUCAAGGUUGCUGGCCAUGAACUAACUGUUGUUGAGGUUGAUGCAGUCUAUACCAAGCCAUUUACGACCGAUACCUUGCUCAUCACCCCAGGCCAGACCACCAGCGUCCUUCUCAGAGCUAACCAGAGUGCUGGCCGUUACCUUCUCUCAGUCUCCCCCUUCAUGGAUUCACCCCUGCAGGUUGACAACAAAACAGGCACUGCUACUUUGCACUAUGCCAACACAGUCUCAUCCUCCAUGGCGGCACCUCUCAUUCUCAUCAAGCUGCCACCACAAAAUGCCACCUCCAUCGUGUCGAAAUUUGCUGACCGGCUCCAUAGCCUCAAUUCCAAGGAGUACCCUGCCAAUGUGCCACAGACAAUAGACCACUCCCUUCUCCUUACUGUCGGGGUGGGCGUCAAUCCAUGUCCAAGCUGCAUCAAUGGGACAAGGGUGGUGGGCACAAUCAACAACGUGACGUUCAUCAUGCCAUCAACCCCAAUUCUUCAAGCCUACUAUUAUAACAUUCCAGGGGUGUUCACACAAGACUUCCCAGCAACACCACUGCACAAGUUCAACUAUACAGGGAGCGGUCCCAAAAAUCUUCAAACCAUGAAUGGGACCAGGGUUUACAGACUGCCUUACAAUGCUUCAGUGCAGGUUGUACUCCAGGAUACAGGAAUCAUAUCACCAGAAAGCCACCCCAUCCAUUUACAUGGCUUUAAUUUUUUUGUGGUUGGGAGGGGCGUUGGGAACUACAACCCCAAGACCUCCCCUUCUACAUUCAACCUCAUCGACCCCAUCGAGAGGAACACCGUUGGAGUUCCUACUGGAGGUUGGACAGCUAUCAGAUUUAGAGCAGACAACCCUGGUGUUUGGUUUAUGCAUUGCCAUUUCGAGGUGCACACAUCAUGGGGACUAAAGAUGGUCUUUGUAGUGGACAAUGGAAAAAGACCUAGUGAGACUCUGAUUCCACCACCCAAAGAUCUUCCGCACUGUUAACAACAUGGAAUUCGAAACUGCCCUAAGGGAGUGGGGCCAAUUACAAGAAGGGUAAUUGGCUUUGGUCUGAUGUGCGGAAAAGGAACAAUGGUGAUUUGCCAAAUGUGAUACUACUUGACUCUUGCUACAUUUUUUCUCAUUUUGAGUUUUUUGGGCUUGUUUACCAAGAUAAUGCGUAUAGGGCAUUCAGGUUGUAAUUAGCUAUUGCCAUCAACUCCUUUUCCCUUUUACAAUGAAUGAAAAUAUAUAUGUUGGAAUGCCUCGUAAAAGAUCAAUCCGUCUUAAGUAUAUGUCACCAAAAGAUAUCCACUUUUAGAAAUACCUCGCCUCUAGCUAUUCCCUUGA